AUCAACCACAACAACAACAACAACCACAACAACAACAACAACAGCAGCAACCACAACAACAACAACAACAACAGCACCAGCACGUCCUCAGCCAACUAUUGCCAUACAGAUUAUCAUUAUAGUAGUGUUUGUUCCAGCACUGUCAAACCCUCAAACUCCGGAGUUUAAAAUACUAGCCAUAAAAGUAGAGAGUAUGUUUGAUGAUAUCUAUAGCAAAAAGUUUGGACCUCGUUUCAUCAGGACCAUUGUGAUUGGUUUCAGAUCUGUUGCCAGGACAAAGGCAGACUCAAACGUAGAGGCAGAGGUUCAGUUAGUGUUCAGUGAAGCGUCCACCGAACCAGUCCCCAGCAACACAGACAUUGUGGAGACUCUAAAAGAAGCAGUUACUAAUCCAACUUCAAGCUUCAACCUCCCCCUUGAUCCCACCUCUAUUACUGUCAUUAAAUCACUGCAGAUAAUUCCACUGACCAUCAUCACCAAUGGAACCUUUGUAGCUGCUCUUUCAAAUAAAAAUUCAACUGAAUUUCAGAACAGGGCUUCGUUGAUUAAAACAGGGCUUGAACCUUUUUUCCUGGCUGAUUACCCUAAGUCAUUCAGCACCAUAUCUGUAACAAACUUUAGUGAUGCUGGUGUAAAAUUAAGGAGUGUGCCUAAGAUCCGAAACAGCAUGGAUGUUGUAUUUGGAACGGACGCUGUUCUACCCAAUAGCACCCAGAUAAUGAACACUAUAGUUCGAGCAGCCAGAAACAACACGUUACCCUUCCAGAUCUUCACUUCUUCAAUUAUAAUCAAUGGAACAGAAUUUUCAUCAGCUGAAGUCAGCAGCAGCAUCAGUAUGAUGACCGCUUCCUUCCUGGUUGCGGUGUCACUUCUGGUUCCAUGGAUUCACUGACUUUAACCACUCACGCCAAGAUAACUGAUUCAGAUGGGUCUUGCCUUUCACGCCUGACCAAAUGAAGGACUCAACUUAAGGAUAAAUGUAGCUACUGAUGCUACUUAAUGAGUAGCAAUGAAAGUACAAACUUUAAUAAUUCUAUUCUGAGCACUUUAAACUAGAUCUACUAUAGUGGAUUCCGAAUCAGUUCUGUAUCUGUAUGUAAACAAACAGUAUUGUAUAAAGAACUAUAUAAAUAAAGUCAAAUAAUAAUUUAUAUAAAAGUACAUGCAUGUUUUCACAGAUUUCACUUACUGUAUGUUUGAUUUUUUUUAUUUAUAUUAUUGUUAAUGGAUUACUGAUUCCAAGAACUGUUCUAUUUUGUCAGAUUUUAUUAAAUGCAUAAAUACA